ACUUCCUAGAAAAGCUGAGCUGCUACUCCUUUGGAGUAGGGGUCUGUGAAGGGCUGCUAUGAGACGGCUGAGUGUAGUACCUGACCGUGGAGGGAGGUGGUCCUGGAAUGGCAACUUUUCAGCUCCGCGGAUAUUUUCAUGCCGCCGGGUCUGUGACGUGCCACCCUGACUAGCACAGCAGGUAUGUGCAGGCCUUUCGCUCCUCCCUGUGGCUUCAGUCAUUAUACCUGAGGGGAGCUGUGAGAGUCCUAUCGGCUGCUUCAGUCAUCUCCCAGCCGUGUGUGGCGUGGGCUGGACUUUGAGGACACUGCUCCGUGCACACUGACUGACUAAGAAUGGACUUCGCGCUCUAAAACAAGUGCCGUGUUCGUUAUGAACUCCAGCCUCCGAGCUUUAGGUGGAAGGAUAAACAAUCGAUCAACUGAACCUCCAAAGGAAAAAAGUCGGUCUGAAGUGGUUUGCAAUGUCCGUUUCCUGGAUGGCUCUCAGCAAAGUUUCAGAGCUAAUAAACAAGACACUGGGCAGACUCUGCUUGAUAUGGUCUUCAGUCACCUGAGUGUAAAAGAAAGAGAAUAUUUUGGCCUACAACAUCAGGAAGAAUCACUAGAUUCACAUGUAUGUGACACUCUCCCUAGCCAUAUGCGAUCUUCUCUGCAACUCGGUUCCGAUUUCUCACCUAAAGGCAGGAUCUCAUAUUAUUCUCACUCUUGGAGGAUACACCACCGGCUUAGAGAGAUGGCUAGAACACAACAAACCAAUUCGAAAACAACUGAAGGAGUACGAUUUUUUGUACCAGACCCAAACACUCUACAGCAGGAUCAAACAAGACAUUUCUACUUUUUACAGCUGAAAAAUGAUAUACUAGAAGGAAGGAUACCAUGUCCACUGAAUUCAGCUGUUGUUCUUGCUUCAUAUGCUGUGCAAUCUAAGUUUGGCGAUUACAAUAAAUCAGUACAUCUUCCCAGAUACCUUUUAAAUAAUCAGUUCAUUCCUGAUCAAGACAAUGAUUUUAUAAGUAAAGUGGAAUCCCUCCACAACCAGCACAGUGGUCUUGGACAAGUUGAAGCUGAAUCCUGCUACAUUAACAUUGCAAGAACUCUUGAAUUCUAUGGAGUUGAAAUGCACAGUGGCAGGGAUCUACUAAUUGGAAUAGCUUCUGGCGGCAUAGCAGUAUAUAGAAAACAUAUUUGCACCAGCUUCUAUCCAUGGGUAAACAUUUUAAAAAUCUCAUUCAGAAGAAAAAAGUUUUUCAUCCAGCAACGUCAAAAACAUAAUGAAUUUAGAGAUCAGAUAAUAGCCUUCAACAUGUUGAACUACCGAGCAUGUAAAAACCUUUGGAAAUCAUGUGUGGAACAUCAUGCAUUUUUUCAGACAAAAAGAUCACUAACUCAUGAAAAGAAACUAUUGUCUAAUUACUGGACCCUGGGUACAAUUAACCACACCAAAUCUGCCAGCAGUCAGCUCUGCAGAAAAGUGAUAGGUGGUAUGGUGUUAAACACAAAUUUAAGGAGAUCUUUGUCUGCGGAGCAUCUUGAAACAAAAAGCCUUCCUUCCCGUUCUCCUCCUAUUACACCAAAUUGGCGAAGCCCUAGAUCACGCCACAUCAUUAGGAAGCCACAGCACUCGUCUGCUGACAAUCUAGUGAAUGAAAUGACCUAUGUGACAGAAACUGAGGAUGUGUUCUACACUUAUAAAGGCUUUCCAACUUCAAAAUAUAGUGAUUCAGAAUUUUUUCAGAAUCAGAGCUCACAGAGAAAUAUAUUAGAACACAGUCCGAAAGAAAACCAGUUGAGCAAUCAAGGUUCAUUUUCGAGUUCUCCCAAUGGGUUGUCAAAUCAUUCAUAUUCAAGUCUACUUGAAGGUGUGGACAGGACAUUUUUAGACAUCUAUGAUACCAUCAAGAAAGGGAAGUCAACAGAGGAUUCCAGUCAGUACUACUAUGAUAAGAAUGAGCUUGCCAAUGGAAAUUUGCUGUUAAUCCGUAUCACACCUGAUGAAGAGGGCAUAUUUGGAUUUAACUUGAAGGGUGGCGUGGAUCAAAAAAUGCACUUGGUGGUCUCCAGAGUUUCCCCAGGAUCACCUGCAGAUAAGUGUUCUCCUAAACUUGUGGAAGGUGAUCAGAUUGUGCUCAUUAAUGGUCGAGAUAUCUCAGAACACACGCACGAUCAAGUGGUUAUGUUUAUAAAAGCCAGCCGGGAAUCCCACACUAGGGAACUUGCUCUACUUGUUAGACGAAAAGUUCUGAAGAUGUUUGGAGAGCUGAAAUCAAGCGAUGAAGCAGACUUUCAUCAUUUUCCACCAACAAUACUUCCCACAGAAUACUGUGAUACAUUGCAAGGGUCAAUGGAGCAACUUGCUAAAGGCCUUGAGACUGGAAUUGUCCUCAUUCAGUUUGAGCAAUUAUAUCGGAAAAAACCUGGACUUGCUAUUACCUGUGCAAAAAGUGGUCAAAAUAUGGAUAAAAAUCGGUAUAAAGAUGUCUUACCAUAUGACUUAACACGAGUAAUUUUACAAGGGAAAGAAGACUACAUAAAUGCAAGUUACGUGAAUAUGGAAAUUCCAAAAUCAAAUAUUGUAAACAGAUAUAUUGCCACCCAAGGCCCUCUUCCUCAUACUUGUGCACAUUUCUGGCAGAUGGUUUGGAACAACAGAUUAACACUUAUCAUCAUGUUAACAACAUUAACAGAACGAGGAAAGACCAAAUGUCAGCAGUAUUGGCCUGACCCUCCUGAUGUGAUGGAAUAUGGGAAUUUCCAUGUGAUAUGUAACUCGGAAGACUGUACAAUCGCUUAUGUCUUCAGAGAAAUGACAUUAACAAACAAAGAGACAGGAGAAGAGCUUCCAGUUUCUCAUUUGCAAUAUGUUGCUUGGCCUGAUCAUGGAGUGCCAGAUGAACCAUCUGAUUUCCUGGAAUUUGUAACUUGUGUGAGACGAAGAAGACUGGAAAAGCAACCCAUCCUUGUACACUGCAGUGCCGGGAUAGGUCGUACUGGUGUCCUGAUUACCAUGGAAACAGCAAUGUGUAUGAUUGAACAAAAUCACCCUUUAUAUCCUUUGGACAUUGUGAGGCAAAUGCGAGACCAGCGGCCUAUGAUGGUUCAGACAUCAAGUCAGUACAAGUUUGUCUGUGAAGCCACUCUCCGUGUUUACAAGGACGGUAUAACACAACCAUUGCAUCACAGUUGAUCUAAACCUGCUUAUCAAAGGGGCUUCCACAAGGAACAACAUAAUGUCUCAAGAAGAGCACAUUGGUGGCAUUUUUAAUUUCACUAAAGCAUUUUAAACUAUGUCUGUAGAUAUAUUAUUGUGCAUAUCUGUCCAAAAAUCUGUAUAAAUAAUGAACAUAGAUUUGCCACAAAUUGUAUUAUCACAACACCAAAUGCCUUGUAUUGCCUUAGAAUUAAACCUACUGUCCUUUGUGAGUAUCAGCACUGCAUUUUAGGCGAUAUACUGUAGUUCAAUAGAAAAUAGAGUAACCUAGCACAUAUAUAUUAUUGUUAAUACUUUUCUGUGUGCCAAAAAAAUUAAGAUUUGACUUUUAAGGAAACAAGUACCACUGCGUAUUUCAUGUUUUAAAAAUAAUUUAGUAAUAUUUAUUUAUGGUGUUUCUACGGCAAAAACUACCCAACAAGAAAACACAGUUUCAAUGUGUAAAAAUAACACAUUAUGGUAAUUUGGGGUUGUGUACCUUUGGGGUGGGGUUGUAAAACAACCCAUCUUCGUAAGACUUGAGAAGCGAUGCAUACUUACCUAUUUCCAAGCACUGGCUCCCUGCUCCUUCU